UGGAUGCAACUUGUUGACGAGCAGAGGGUGUAACAUCAGCACCGGUGUGUCUCUCCGGGAGUUUUAAUCGUUGAUGGAGACAACCGACAUCGUGCUGCGCCUCGAUGCAUCAUAAGGGGAUCCGCACUUUUUUUUUUCUUUUUACACACGCUCUGGCGAUUUAACUCUGGGGAAAGCCAGUAUCAAAGUAACUGUCAAGUCAAGAGAGCAGGAUAACAUAAAUUCCCGUCGCUCAAGUUUGCGGGACAACUGAACUGAACGGCUGUGAAUGCUUAACUGUGUUUGUACACAGACAGAUGAGGUGUGAAGCAGCCGCACUUGCAGCAGAAACACCUACAGCAGCGGCGCGUCUCUCUCACUGUAACCGCUCCGGGUUCGUGUGUUUGUACUGGACGUGCGUAAACGAAGGACACCGCUGCCGGGAUUCCCUGAAUGCGUCUCUGCUCCGCUUUUAUCGAUGCGGAGAAAGCUGCUAAAUGAAGAAUAAAACCUGGAUGAAGAUGCUGCAGAGGAAGCUUCGUGAAAGUCUGACAAAACCUUCGUAGCUAUAUGGACACAGCGACUGACAGGGGAGAGGAGAAGCUUGUUCGAUUAAGAAAAGCUUUGCCUAUCGCAGCAUUUUCGGGCAAACUUCUAUGUAGCUCGCUCAAUGUAUGGAUUUCGAACAAUUCUAUCCCGGAUGACUAGGACUUCUCCUUGUUCGGCUUCGCUGUGGAUCAUAUAACUGUAAUUUUCUGGCUUUCCAAUACCAUCAAAAGACCCGAGGCACAGCCAAGUUUCGGCGGCAACCUCAAUUUAGGAGACUUCACGCGGACUUGAGAACAGAUAAGAGAGACAACAAGCGGACCUUUGUAUCUGUCGUCAUCUUCUUCCUACAUGCAGCUCCCCGCUUUGCUUUAUUGAAAAGGAGGAGCCCAUUAAAGCAUUUGAUAGAUAGGAAGGCUCGGUCUGAAGGUGUUGUUGCUGGCUGGCUGGCUGCCGGUUGGAGAUGAGAUAAGAGCACUGGGCAGAGAGAAAAAGAAGUGCCUGUCUGACAGGAGCUGAAUACGAAUUAGGAUUCUUCUCUCCUGCAGCUACACCAGUGAGGUGAAUCAAUAUAGGGGAAGCGAAAUGGACAAAUUAGUCGGCUUCAAUUACGGGCACAUUGGUCGUGAGCUGAAAUAAUGGAAGUAGAUAUUUGCUAAGGGGUGAUAUGAAAUCGCAUCCCAAAACCAGGGAUGGGAAAAUAAAGGACAAGCUUCUGUGUUUUUUUAGAGCAGAGCCACCUGAACUGAUCCAUGUACAGUUGUAGAUAACAGUGAGGAGGCUGGUCUGAACCUUGGAGAAAAAGAAGAUGGAGCUGGAUAACAGCUCGUUGGACUAUUUUACCAGCAACUUCACGGAGAUUCCUGACACCACCACGACGCCGCCAUGGAGCGAGGCCACCCUGCUCGGCUUCCAGAUCUCCCUGUCUGUGCUGUUAGCUCUCGUCACGCUGGCCACCGUGCUUUCGAACGCCUUCGUCAUUGCCACCAUCUUUCUGACCAGGAAGCUCCACACGCCCGCCAACUUCCUGAUCGGAUCCCUUGCCGUCACAGACCUGCUGGUGUCUAUUCUGGUCAUGCCCAUCAGCAUCCUCUACACCGUCAGUAAGACGUGGUCGCUGGGGCAGAUUGUUUGCGACAUCUGGCUGUCGUCUGAUAUCACCUUCUGCACGGCCUCCAUCUUGCACCUGUGCGUGAUCGCGCUGGACCGCUACUGGGCCAUCACGGACGCACUGGAGUACUCGAAGCGACGCACCAUGCGCCGGGCCGCGGUCAUGGUCGGGGUGGUGUGGGUGAUCUCCAUAUCGAUUUCCAUGCCCCCACUCUUCUGGCGACAGGCCAAAGCCCACGAGGAGCUGACAGAGUGCAUGGUGAACACGGAUCAGAUCUCUUACACCCUAUACUCCACCUUCGGCGCCUUCUACGUCCCCACAGUGCUUCUCAUCAUCCUCUACGGACGGAUCUAUGUUGCCGCCCGCUCCAGAAUCUUCAAGACGCCAUCGGCCUCGGGGAAGCGUUUCACCACGGCGCAGCUCAUCCAGACCUCGGCAGGCUCUUCGCUCUGUUCUCUCAAUUCCGCCUCCAUCCAGGAAGCACACCUACACUCUGGCACCGCGGGAGGUGGAGGAGGAGGGGGAGGAUCGCCUCUGUUCAUGAACAGUGUGAAAGUGAAGCUGGCAGACAGCGUGCUGGAGAGGAAACGUCUGUGUGCUGCCCGGGAGAGGAAAGCAACCAAGACACUGGGCAUCAUCCUGGGCGCAUUCAUCGUCUGUUGGCUCCCGUUCUUUGUCGGCACACUGGUCAUGGCCAUAUGUAAGGAGUGCUGGUUCGAUCCAGUGCUUUUUGAUAUAUUUACCUGGCUGGGAUACCUGAACUCCCUCAUCAAUCCGGUCAUCUAUACGGCAUUCAACGACGAGUUCAAACAGGCGUUCCAAAAACUGAUGAAAUUCAGACGAUGCUUCUGAAAAAAAAAAAAAAAAGUGGAUUAAAACUGACAAAGACAAAGAAAAACAAGAGUAUAAUGAUAAUAACGAGAGUACUGUAGAUUUAAAUGUUCCGUCUUGUAAACACACGCUAUUUGUGAUAAUAUUCCUGUUUUUUUACCAUCAAACAGCUCCGUGCCAUUUAGAUUCCCACAGCAUAUCCUUCAUAUAGACUUAUGCUUGCAUGCUAAAAAAAAAAAAA